CUCACGUUUCUUUUCUCCGUGGCUCUGUCUGCUCUUUAUUUUCUUCUCCGUGUCACCUGUGAGACAACUCUUCCUGCAAGUAGCUUAAAUUGGUUUGCUGCCUUUCUUAGUAGACGGCAAGCUCACCGGCCUUUAGCGAAAGUGCGGCUGCGGACGAGCAGGCGCGCGCGGGGCUUGACGGCGGCGCGCUAGGGUUCCGGCGGCGGCGACGACAACGACGACGAGGAGAGCAGACGGAGGCGGCGCGUGAAGCAGCGGCGGAGCCCAUGCCCCGGGACGGCAGGCGGGCCCGGAGAGACAAGUCCGGGGCCCGGGGCAUGUCCCCGGGGCCCCCGUGAGGAGGCGGCGGCGGCGGAGAUGGAGAUCUCGCCGCAGGAGGCGCCGCCCGGGCCGAGUGCGGACGGCAACGCCGAGGAGGCCCCCGCCGAGGCCCGGCCCCCCAGUCCCGCGUCGUCCCCAACCGACUGUCGCCUCAAGGCUGCAGCCAAGCGCGUCACGUUCCCGUCCGACGAGGAUAUCGUGUCCGGAGCGGUGGAGCCCAAAGAUCCCUGGAGACACGCCCAGAACGUGACUGUGGACGAGGUCAUCGGAGCCUACAAGCAGGCCUGCCAGAAGCUGAACUGCAGGCAGAUUCCCAAGCUCCUCCGGCAGCUCCAGGUAGAGCGGAGCAGGGUGGACAGGGUGAGGGCAGGGGCUCUGAGGGGGCCUGUGGAGUACAGCUUGGAAAAUGCUUUUCUCAGUGGUGAUAGUAGUCAGGCUCUUCAUAAAUAUCUAAAACCUGUUGCCGGUGCCUCAGCCCUCUUUGAUAUGAUCGAGUGCUAUGACUCAGCCACCCACCUCAACAUCUCCUUCAACAAGCACAUCGGCACCCGCGGCUGGCAGGCUGCCGCCCACAUGAUGCGCAAGGUGGAUACCCCGCCUCUCGAUCUCUAUGGGGCAGCUCGGGCAUAG